AUGCGUGAUACAAACCCCACCAAGGUCGCCAAGUUUAUCGAAGCUCUUAAGAGCUCCGAGCUACUUUUGACUUCCCUGCAUACACCUCUGAACCACCAGAAAGUUCACCAAAACACUGCAAAAGUUGAAUACAAAUUAUGGCGAAAAGAAUAUAUUUCCUUGCACACGGUGGUCUGGUACAAGGUGUUGGAUUCCGGUUCCUACUUUGCGCAGAAGCGGGCCACCGAGUAUGGUCUUACGGGUUGGUGCCGCAACACAGACAGCAAUAAGGUCGAGGGUGAGGCGCAAGGCGAGGAAGACGCGCUGAAGAAGUUUCUCAAGGACGUCGAUGAGGGACCGAGAUCAGCCAAAGUCGUCAAACUUGACCAUGAGGAUAGAGAUCUAGUUGAUGGGGAGCAAGACUUUUUAGUCCGGCGAUAA